AAGAAAGAGAAAAUGGAAAGAACUAUUCUAGUGAUUCGUUUUUGUCCCAAGAAUCAAGGGCUUUCCUGAAUUUACUCACUCAAACAUAUCUCGAAUCAUUUUGCUUUCCAUCUCUCUCAUUCACAAUAUCUUUUUUUUUCCUUAUUUUCCCUUAUUUUUCAGUUUUCAACAAGCUGCUGUUGCAAAAACGAUUAUGUAAGAAGAACCCAAACAACCUGUUUCCUCUUGAAUCUUAAAACCCUUCGGCCUUUGAUUCUUUUGUAUUUGCAAAAUUCUUCACUAUCAUUUUGGGGUUUAGGAGAAACCCUUUUUGUUUCUGACUGCAAAACAUAGAUUUUGCAUAUAUCUGGAUUAAUCUAUCUCCCUGAAUCCCCCCUGGUGAUAGAUGUAUUCUUGAUUGUGUGAACCAAGGCAGGUUUAAUUAUUAUGGGCUGCAUUUGCUCAAAAGGAGCAGCCGAAGAAGAAGACAACGUUGCUUUUCACCGUCAGAAAGAAAACUGGAACAAAUCUUCCUCAGUGCAAUUGCUUGCUACUCUGCCUUCAAAUAAAGACGACUUCUCUCAUAAAGCCGUUGAUGGAAGCUCCGGUGGUGGAAGAAGAGCGAGCGGUUUGAUUGUUCCUGUAGAUGAUAGUCAUGAUGGUAAAACAGUCAUUGUGGAGAGACCUUCGAGUUCUCAUCGAGGAAGAAGGGUCUCAGACAAUGGCAAAGGAGAAGGGUUGAUUAUUUCGAAUGUUCCUCGUAGCGCAGAAGCAGAGCUUAUUGCUGCUGGAUGGCCUUACUGGUUAACCUCUGUAGCAGGUGAAGCCAUCAAAGGUUGGGUUCCUCGCCGUGCAGAUUCCUUUGAGAAGCUUGACAAAAUAGGACAAGGGACUUACAGCAUUGUGUAUAAGGCUAGGGAUCUUGAGACGGGCCAAAUAGUGGCGAUGAAGAAGGUGAGGUUUGCUAAUAUGGAUCCGGAGAGUGUGAGGUUCAUGGCUAGAGAAAUCAACAUUUUGAGAAAGCUAGACCAUCCAAAUGUUAUGAAGCUUCAGUGUAUUGUCACUUCAAAGCUAUCAGGUAGCUUGCACCUUGUGUUUGAGUACAUGGAGCAUGAUCUUUCAGGCCUUGCCCUCAGGCCUCAUGUCAAAUUCACUGAGCCACAAAUAAAGUGUUUUAUGAAACAACUGCUAUGUGGACUAGAGCAUUGUCAUAGCCGUGGAAUCCUUCACCGUGACAUCAAGGGUUCGAAUCUUUUGGUGAAUAAUGAUGGAGUUCUCAAGAUUGGAGAUUUUGGUCUAGCUAGUUUUUAUAAUCCGGAUAGUGAUCAACCGCUGACAAGCCGUGUAGUGACCUUGUGGUAUAGAGCACCUGAGCUUCUACUUGGAUCAACAGAAUAUGGACCCGCCAUUGAUCUCUGGAGCGUUGGUUGCAUUUUAGCUGAACUCUUUGUAGGAAAACCAAUCAUGCCUGGAAGAACAGAGGUGGAGCAAAUGCAUAAUAUAUUUAAGCUGUGUGGUUCAGCAACAGAAGAAUUCUGGGAGACGACAAAGUUCCCACAGGCGACAAGUUACAGACCGCAACAUCCUUACAAGCGUGUGCUUCAAGAGACUUUCAAGAACUUACCAUCUUCUUCUUUGGCUCUCCUUGACAAGCUUCUCUCUGUAGAACCAGAGACAAGAUGCUCAGCUUCUUCUACUCUAAUGAGCGAGUUUUUUACAACGGAGCCACUCCCUUGUCACAUAUCAAGUCUGCCUAAGUAUCCUCCAAGCAAGGAACUUGAUGCAAAGAAACGAAACGAAGAAGCAAGAAGGAAAAGAGCUGAAGCAGUGAAGUGGCGUGGACACGAAUCUGCGAGAAGAGGUUUAAGAGACUCCAAGAUAACACCGGAGUUCCUUGCUUCAGGCCAUUCAAAUGUCUUAAUCAACACUCCUCUUGGCUUCAAGAAAUCGAGUGGAAAACACUUUGCUGAUACCAAGUCAAUGAUCCAUCCAAGCGCGGCAUGGAAUAAGAAUGGUGGCUCUAAGAGCAAUGUAGGAGAGGUGAGAGCUAGCCGGUCUAACAACGUGCUUGUUACAAUGGGAGAUUACUUAUCUAGCUCUUCCCAAAAGGAAAAUGUAGCUUCAAGAAAACCCACAACGACAUACAUGCGCAAGAAGAACAUAAUGCACUGUUCAGGUCCUUUGAUGCCUCCUGGUGGUAACAUUGAAGAUAUGAUGAAAGAUCACGAGAGAGGAAUCCAAGAAGCUGUACGCAAGUCCCGCCUUGACAAAUCUGCAGCAAAGAAGAAGAACGAUAUCCCAGUGAGAGCAUGUGCCUAGUGAAGAAGCAAUGAAACAAGAAAAGAUCAUGGCAACAAGUUUUUGUUUCCCUCUCUGUUUCUAAGACAUUUCUUUUGGUUAGAAGUAAAAACAGAUGCGUA